GGUCUGGGCUUUAUUUAGACAGUUUUGAUUCUGAGUUACACAACAAUGAAAAAUAUAAACGGGUUGCUGUGUUGUUUUGUAAUAUAUUGCGUAUCAGCAUCUGCGGCGUUGAUUCAGAGACCGGCUGGUUGUCCUGAUUCACUCUUCCCGCUGAAUCUAGCUACUUUUGACCAACUAUGUCUUCAGUUUAAUUUCGAGAAGAUAGACUGGGAAGUAGCACGAAAUCGAUGUCUCAGUGAUGGCGGAGACCUGAUUCAAAUAAGAACCGGAAGUCUCCAAAGUUUUCUGCAACAGGUUCUGACAAAACAAAAUAUGGAGAAGACGGGGUUUUGGAUCGGAGCUUCAGACAGGGACUUGGAAUCACAGUGGGAGUGGGUGACCGGUGACAAAAACAUGACUUACUCCAAAUGGCAGGACGGACAGGGCACAAAGGCGGGAAAACACUCACCCGACUCAGACUUAGACGACUGUGCACUGAUGCGUGUCGACUAUGAUUUCAAGUGGUAUGACGUCCCUUGCAGGAAUAAAUACCUCAUCUAUUCCUACAUCUGUCAGUUUGCAACUAAUGGUUCCAAAAGCUCUGCUGGAAAAAACAACAAUGGAUGUACAGUUUUAUUGACAAUUUCUGCGAUGGCCAUGGUUAUUUUACAUUUACUAUGUCAAUUAAAAUCAAACACAAUGUCAUGGACUAUACCGAUAAUAAGCUUGGUAAAUUGUUAUCUAAAAAUGGCAUACUUAAAAAUGGAGGCAAUGAUGUUUAUAUGCGUUAUGGUUUGGUCAGUAAGUCCUAUUUACAGCGCACCUGCCGACGAAUGUCCCCACAAUCUAGGUAAAAGUGACUUGUAUACAUACGGAAAUUUCUGCCUGAAAGUGCAUUAUGGGAAUUAUGACUGGGUUGACGCCAGACAUCAAUGUCAAAAAGAGGGCGGUGACCUCAUUCAGAUCCGGGAUUCUGGGAUGCAGCAGUUCCUCCAGAGAGUUCUAUCAGGUCAAAGGUCAGAGGACACCGGGUUCUGGAUCGGGGCCAGCGACAGCGAAUCAGAGUCCCACUGGGAAUGGGUGGCGGGUGACCCAAAGAUGACCUACAGUCAUUGGAGUUCGGGUCAGGGACCGUCUUGGAAUGGAUUUUUAUUCUCCGAUGGAGGGCAUGAAGACUGCGCUUUAAUGAAAAUACACGAUGGAUUCCGAUGGCACGACUAUGAGUGCAGCCUUUUCUUGUACCACUACUCUUUCAUUUGUCAACAUGAUUCAGUACAUCUAUAUAACCUGUAUGAAACGACAACUGAAGAAACAGUAGGACCAGUCAUCGGUUAACAACAAGAGUAUGGAGUCGUGUCUGUUUUGUGAAAUUAAAUAAAGGACAUUGG